AUGCAAGCUAUUCAUGGGUUUGGCCUUUGCGCGUUCCUCGGGGGUGUGAAGAUGACCGCGAACUCGAGUACUGGAUCAGUAAAGGUCGCCGGACAGUUGACGAAAGGGUUGUUGGACAAUGAGGGAUUGAAUGCAGGCAGAAACAUGAAGGUAUGGCAGCCUAACAUUCUCAUGAACCUCAAUCCUGACUUCCGCCAAAACCAACUUCCCCCACCUCCGGGCUCACUCAUGGAGUCGUGGAGCAGUGGAGCAGUUGCAAGGGAUCUUGUUGAUCCCGAACCAGGCCCUGGCAGCCAAACAUUUGAAUCGCUUCUCUGUACCCCGUACGGAGGCUGUCCUCUGCAUCGCGGCCUGCAUGGUCCCCAUGGCCAGCAAAUCAACAUCUUCCAUAAGCGCCCAGUUUUUGGUGGCUGGAAUGAUGUUGGAAUGGCGUUGGACCGACUUCUGAGACUAGGCAAGGAUCUGUCUUCAACCUACAUCCCACCUUGUGAAGGGUCGAAUCAGCAACACGUAGCACAACAGAGGAGUUCCAACUUACACCAAGAGGUCGAGAUCGCCCAAUCAUUUCUCUGUCUGGUGACAUCAGGCCAUUUUCGACUGGCCAUCAUUGGCGGAAGCAGGAUUUCCCUUGUCGAGCCUUCAAAAGCGGGACCUGCGACAGGAACUCUGACCCUCUAUGAGCUCUUGGCCUCUCAGCAGCCCAGACGGCCUGGGAUUUCUAAAUUCGGAUUCCAGAGACUGAGAAUUGUCCACUCAGAGGCGUUUGUUAAAUUUGGCUACUCUAGCGUGGAGUUGGCUGCAGAUAAUAAAAAUAGCCUGACUCUCAACAAAUUUGGUGAUCUCGCUGACUCCAGGACGGGAGGGUCAGAGUCGCAUCGGAAUCCUCCUCGACUGAUUGUCCCACCUUCCGCCCCGCCCCUCACUGGCGCGCUGGUCUUCCCCCGCUGUCGGGAGAAUGUUGCAGAGCCCCCAUCUCUCACGACACCCCUGAGCGGUGUCCAGUUCCAGGGUUCUGGGUUUCCUGCCAGUCCGAGUUACGCACCGACUCCGAGCUCAAUGAAUUCAUUUCCCAGUCCGUUUUCUCCUAUGAGAUCGGCGUUCACUGCUUCUUCGGGGGACAUGAGUGCAAUGACCACCCCGAUGUCCUCCAGGCAUGUCUCGUACAGCGCGGCUUACAACCCUCAGGAAUGGGGCCCUAUAGCAGCAAACGGGUCUCCCGCUGCUGGCGUGAGCGCGUUUACCUCUCCGAAUGAUGCCACAUCUAUACCUCCCCCCCCCUACUCUCCGAGAUACCCAAAGCCUGAAGAUACACAUGUUGAGGCUUCCCCUAGACUAAGCGUAGGUGCUGGUGCUCCAUUAGCAGUUGCAUCCCAGUAUAAUUCUCCAGGCCCUGCGAGAACUCGGGAUUCAGUUCCUGCUGGAUAUCGCUAUCCUGCAUCUCGCCCCAGGCCCUUAUCGAUGAUUCAUAGUACCGAUGUAGUCCUGAGCGACCAUCUGCAACCAGGCGCCCUUAAUGCGGGUGGCCCUUCAUCACAGUAUCCAGGCCAAAGCGGCCAGAACAAUCCCCCGUACAAUGCGGACGGUGGCAUUUCUAGCUUGGUAUCCUCAUCGUCGAGAUUGUCACAUGACAAUGGCUCUGGAAAUGUAGCUCUACGGCCUCCAGCAUCGAUCAGAGCGGCUUCUACAGGGGAUAUUGGUCAAAAUAGAAAUGGAAGUGCGGCGCAUGCGUGGCUUAAUCGACAGCACGGACGCUGGGAGCCUGGGAUGCCCCUUCCACCUCCACCCCCUGGACCACCACCUAACGGUGCUUGGAACCAAUCGAGGGAGUCGUCAAGAGGUCCUUCCCAGGAUGGGUCAAACCAGUCGAGUCGACAUAGAUCACCGCCGGUUUUGGGGACCGGCCUUGGAGAAGUUCCUCCUACACCAAUUGGAUGGAUUGACGAAAGCGUCGUCGCUGGCCAGCGGUCUGAAGGUUCUAGGGAGCGUGCUAGUUCCAUGUCUCAAAAUACAACAGAUUAUGCCCCUGAGGAUGAGCUUGCUCGUUUGACUCAACAGAACAGACGCCCCCAAUCAACCGUACAUCACAGAGACAGCGCUCCAGCAACGAGAGCCAUUAGCUCAAAAGGCAUCAGAGAACGCAGAAUUGAGGCCAGAAAAGAACAUGAUGCUGCCACAGCAAAUAAUGGUCCCGACCGCGACACAAACCAUGACUCAUCGGACUCUGCUUGGCCUAGCGACCUUGUCCUUUCAAAACCAGGUGGUCCUGGACUUAUUCGUCGUCGAACCGUAACGAAGCACACACCGCGAACGCCACGAACUGCCCAGUCAGAUGGUCAACUUACUGCAUCAACUGUGAAAUCUCCGUUCCCAUUGCUAAGCUCAACUGGUUCUGCUCAGUCCACUCCAAAACAACAACCAACGCCAUCUUUUGAGAGCCUCACACAGCCCAGCAAUUAUGUGCAAACUCCUCCAUUUUCUCCGGCCUGUGACCUCCAAUCACCAACUUUUUCUGCUACUGCCACCACUCCAAAUCUACCACCGAGAGCGUUGCCAACCCCACCGUUGCAAGCCAUACAGGAACGGAGUAGCUCGACAGUAACAAGCAGCUCUACUGAACAGGAACACACUCCGUUGGGUCAAACUAGACCGUCUUCACGUGCAUCACGGUCUGGUAGGACAAUUGAAUAUGCAAAUGACGACUUCAUGCGUGAUGCAGUCCAGCGACAUCGUGAUUUCAUAGAAAAAGAAGCCUCCGCAUCCACCGCGGUUGAAGCCUUGGGCCUCUUUGCUGAUUUCAUUGUAUCAGAAUCUAUAAUACGACAACAACGUCAUGUUACUGCUAUCCAAACCGGUUUGUUUGACGUACAAACGGUUAGAGAGAAACUUUUCCAAGCAGAUUCUAACCAACACAACGGCGUGCAUACAAGCAAUCCGCCAUCAGCUGGUAUCACUACCCGAAUAGACCCUCCAGUUCGCUUUCAGCCUGUGCUUCCACAAAUGCGUGUGGAGUCAGGAUGGUGGAGUAAUUACAAACCAUCCCUAUCUCCAAUAGGCAGUAUUAGUGUAAGAGAUGAUGAAAUGAGUUCCAGAGGGAGAGCCCCGAGCCGUUGGUGGGAGUCACAGACCGGGUCGGAAAGUGGGGGUUCUGGCAAAAAGGUCCGGCGGUCCAAGCAAGAAGCAAAAUACAUGGGUGUACCUCGAGAAGUGCGUGAAGCGAUGCAACAGGAACAUUUUUCUGCUGGACUAAUUGACGUGAAUCAAUCUCAAAUUCCGCCUCCUGCUUUUGGUUUUGCUGCUACAUAUGGGCCAAAUGAAUAUCCCCCCGAGAAAGUUGGCUUGGAACGGCACGCUUCUGCAUCUCGAGCGCCAAUGGUCACAUCUCAUAUUGAUCGCCAGAUCCCGGCGUUAGAUAUCUCAAGAUUUAUUACUCUUCCACCCCCAUAUCCCAGGCAUUAUCCAGCUGUUAAUAACAGCCAUCCUGAUCUAUUGUAUUACAGAAGUACGGUAAGAUCCGUCAGUGACCUCACGGAAGUCCAGGAAACGAAACAGGCGCACCAGAUAAAACUAGAAAAACUUCAGCAUGAACACCAAAUAAAAAUGAAGGAAUCUCGGCGCGCAUUUAGAUCAAGCGUGAAUACCCGGAUAGCGCAAGGGACUUUGUCUUACGCGGAAGCUGCCGAGGCAGAGGCAGUCCAUCUUCUCGAGGAACAGAAAUGCGAAAAGGAGCUAAUUCAAGCCGAAUUCGACUCUUAUGAACAAGUAGUAUUCCAACCUUUACAACUCAUACUCGCAGAUCGGAUCGACAUUACGUCCACCUGCAUUGACAGCCUCCGGAGCAAGUUGUUCGAUUUAACACAAGAUGGAACCCCAAAUCAAACACAGGAAGCAGGCGAUGAACGACCAGAACUUCUAGAGAAACUGACACAACUCAAGUGGCUGUUUGAGGCGCUUGAGCAACUGCAUCGAGAGGUGUACAACAUCGAGAGUGAACGCAAUGGCCGAUAUCGAGCAAUCGUCACCUUACCAUAUAAACAAGCCAAAAACCAAGAGAAACUUAUAGAGACAGACUCUUUCUUCUUGCAGGAUGAGCGAAACAGGAGACUGACGUUCGCAACGGAAACACUGCGGCGCUUCGAAAGUUUCAUGGAUGUCAUUGAACAAAACGUUGGGCGAGGGGUAGAGACCCAGCUUUCAGCCUUCUGGGACAUUGCGCCCUCUUUAGUCACUGUCCUUCAGAAAAUUCCCGAGGACUUUCGAUCUUUUUCCAUCCAGAUACCUUCGAAGGAGUACGAGGAGAGCCCGAGCUACUCCGAGUUCCCUCUACAAUAUCUAUACUCUCUACUCUCUCACGCUGAAAGAUCAACAUAUCAGUUCAUUGAAUCCCAAACCAACCUCCUUUGCCUUUUACAUGAAGUUAAAAGCAGCCUCAUGAAGGCGAAUUGCAAUGUUAUGGAAGUGCAACGCAUAAUAUCUGGUGAACCAGCAGAGAGCAUACAGCGAGAAAUGACGGAAUCGAGCGAGGAAGAAGAGAGGCGGUUGACAGCUGACCUAAAAGAUAAAGUCACAAUGGUCGAGGAGCAAUGGGCUGAGGCUCUUGGGAAGGAGCUGAGCUCAGUGAAAAGGCGUGUGCAGCAAGAUCUUGUGAACCAGGGCGGAUGGGAUGAUACGAUGUUCGAAGAGUCAUAA